AUGCUACCGGCGGAGAUUUCUCAGUCCCUGAGCCCGCAAUGGCCUUGUCGGGAAGUCCAAUCGCGGCAGCUCGCAAGUCUACUUGCACUCGGAAUUUCUAGCCCAUCUACGAUUGUUGCCCACGGAAUAUCCGCCACCUGCAAGUCAACCAUCGUUACCAACGUCCUUGCACUCCUCGGAGUACCGCACGCCAUUGUUCGGAGUCCCGAAUGCAUUACAGGUCGGCAUUUGUUGACAAAGAUAUUAUGGGCUACUUUGAAUGCGCUGGGGCGCAAGGAUGAAUGGGAGCGAUUCGGAAAAGGAAGAUGCGAGCAUGUCAGCUCCCUUGCGGUUCUGCUGGGCGAAUGCCUCGCUUCGAACCCUGGGACACCGGUCGAGAAGUUCGUUUUGGUUCUGGAUGGGAUUGAUAAACAGCGAGAAGCGCCGCCUACACUGCUGUCUGCGUUGGCAAGGCUGGGAGAAAUGAUUCCAUCCCUCUCCGUCGUCUUGAUCCUCAGUGCCACGCCUCGUCCGCUUUUCCUACAGGCCACAGGUGUCCCGCAUAUCAGCUUCCCACCGUACACUCGCGAGCAAGCAACUACUAUCAUUCUAAACGCGGGGGCGCCGGCUGUGUUUGGUCUACCGGUGGGAACGUCAUCGCAAUUGUACCCCUACUUCGUCUCCGCUGUCUAUGAUUCCCUGGUUGGCCCAACAGCAAGCUCAAUAACGGUGUUCAAGUCUAUCUGCGAGAAACUGUGGCCGCAAUUUGUGUCCCCGAUCACCAGCGGCGAAACUCCGCCCGGCGGCAACGAGGACUGGGACUUCUCCCGACUUCUAGUCAAAAAUCGUUCCUUAUUUAGGCGCCAGGGCGAGGCAGCUCUAGUCCAUCGCAUUGUCACGGAAGAUGCUCCAAUCACCACCGCGAAUGGCUCACUCCUCAAGCCCUCAUCGCUAUUAUCAGCUGUCUCCGCGCCUUCGCCUCUUCCCAGCCUACCCUACUUCGCUACUCUCGUUCUCACCUCCGCAUAUCUAGCCUCUCACACUCCGCAAAGAUUGGACACAAUCUUCUUCUCAAAAUUCUCCUCUUCAUCCUUGUCUGCGCGAAACAAACGCGCUCAUCACCGACGCCGCCUCAAGGUCCUCUCCCAAGCGCAAGCAGCAGAAGACAAGGAAGCACAAGCGCCGGCCAAACGCCGAAGAGGGCUCGGCAAGCGGACAAAGACUCGUAUCACUAAAUCCAUUCUCGAAAAUGCCUUUGCUACUACCUCCGCCACGACCUCCGCCGCAGGCGGUGGCCCCGGUAUCACCGGUCCAUCAACAAUCCUCACUGCUCGUCCUUUCCCCUUAGAACGACUCAUCGCGAUAUACCACGCUAUUGAUCCCAAUCCGCCAGCGAACCCGCUACGGCUUACUGCGAUUGCAGACUCGAUCUACUCUGAACUCGCCACGUUACGCCGUCUACGGCUAAUUGUCCCAGCGGCUGGACGUGCAAGCGGUAGCCGCUUGGGUCUGGGUUCGGCAGGUGUCAACAGCGGAAAUACCUCAGCGGACGUCGGAGAGAAAUGGUGCGUGAAUGUCUCGGGCGACUGGAUUGGGGAGAUGGCGAAGGGAAUCGGAGUUGAGGUUGGGGAGUGGUUAGCUGGUGGGCUUGAUUAG